GUUUCUCUCAGUUGAGCGGUGGUUUUAGCAGUGAUAGUACCACGUCCUUCUCGACAACUUUGUGGCUGGUAAACAAGACUAACCUUUGUAUUUAUUGUCAGUCUAUCAAAGAUUUAGAGACUACUGAAGACGAUGAAGACUGUUCUUGCUCUGAGUGUGAUUCUUCUGGGAAUCCAGGCCGCGGCAGCUGUGAGACAUUCGCUGCAGUACUUCUACACAGCAUCAGCAGGAAUCACAGGCUUUCCAGAGUUUGUGACUGUGGGCAUGGUAGAUAAGCAGCCUUUCACUUACUAUGACAGUGUCAUUAAAAAAGAGAUUCCCAAGCAGGACUGGAUUGCCAAGACUGAAGGACCUGAGUACUGGGAGAGACAGACUCAGGCCUCCAUUGGUUCUGAGCAGACCUUCAAAGCUAACAUUGAAACUGCCAAGAAUCGCUUCAAUCAGACUGGAGGUGUUCACCUUUACCAGAACAUGUACGGCUGUGAGUGGGAUGAUGAGACUGGAGAGAUUAAUGGUUAUGAUCAGUAUGGUUAUGAUGGAGAAGACUUUGUAUCAUUUGACCUGAAGACAGAGACGUGGAUCGCUCCAACACCACAGGCUGUCAUCACUAAAAACAAAUGGGACCAUGACAGAGCUCAGAAUACAUAUUUAAAGAACUACUACACCCAGGAGUGUGUUGAGUGGCUGAAGAAGUAUGUGAACUAUGGGAGGAGCUCUCUGCUGAGAACAGCCCUUCCCUCAGUGUCUCUCCUCCAGAAGACUCCCUCCUCUCCAGUCAGCUGCCAUGCUACAGGUUUCUACCCUGACAGAGCCAUGAUGUUCUGGAGGAAAGAUGGAGAGGAUCUUCAUGAUGGCGUGGAGAAAGGAGAGAUCCUCCCCAACCAUGAUGGAACCUUCCAGAUGAGUGUUGAGCUGAAAUCACCUGCACCUGGACAGAAGUAUGAAUGUGUGUUUCAGCUCUCUGGUGUGAAGGACGACAUCAUCACCAAACUGGAGAAUAUCAGAAGUAAUAAAGAGAAGCCGACUGACAUGACCCCCACCAUUGUUGCACUGGUGGUUCUUGCUCUCGUCAUCGCCAUCGCUGCCAUUGGAUUCUUGAUUUACAAAAAGAAGAACGCCAAACGUCCUCCAUCUCCUGUAAGCAACCCAGAGGUCAUGGAGCAGCUGAAUCCCAGCGCCUAAAUGACAAACACACCAUCCUGAACACAGUUUAUGGAAAUAUUUUGCACUGGAGGAAGGAGCAGUGCCAUCACAUUCUCCUCCAUAAACUGGGUGUUCAUUGAUCAUUCAUUAUUCAGAUCAUAAAUUGACAGAAUCAGGGUUGGGAAUCAAUUAGUAUAUUCAUAUUAAUUAUAAUAAUAAUCAUAAUGAUAAUAUAAAAAACAGUUUGGAAAAUAUUAAAAAUAAAUGGUGACAUAAUGGUUUUAAUCAUGUAGUUUAAAUAAAAAAAGUGUCAUUCAAGUUGGUAAAUCAAAUGAGGUUAACUUUUUUCCUGACCUGGAGAGAAGUAAAACAUAAUAUUCAAACCAAUGAAAGCAUCACAUCUCUUUUCAUAGAUACAGUUAAUAUAAAGGUUUGUGUGAUCAUCUAAAACAAAUCCACUAUAGUCACAGUUUCAUAUUCCUGGUGUUGGGGUUUUGUUGUAAAAUCAAUAGUGAUAAUACAAAUCUCAAUAUAGAUACAUAGAUACAACACAGAUCCACAUAUUAUACAUUCAUUCUUCUUUUCAUCUAUACUCUGAGGGUCUUCUGAUAUGAUGAUGUAUAACUGGAGAUAACAAUUAGUUAUCUAAAGGUAUGUGCAGAGUGCAGAGUUUUCUAGACUAUUUAUACUGAGAGAUUCUUUAGUUCCCUGAUUGUGUGAGAUCACUGGAGACAAUACUGCAAAUUAAUUAGCAAGAACCCAAAACCUGCUUGUGAUUUGGCGAUUCUAAAUUACCUGUAGGUGAAGAUGUGAAUGGUUUUCUAUCAGUGCAAUGCCUGGUGAUAAACUGUACACCAUCUCAACCCCCAGUCGUCUGGGACUGACUUCAGUCCUCUGAGACUCAACACGAUAGAAAAUGAAUGGAGGGAAUUUUUUUUCAUCACUGGUUAAUUAUCUUGAUAAGUGGACAUCAUACCCUGUGGCUACUGCUACAUCUAUAAUAAUCUCUUGAUUUGAUUUUCCAGAAAAUAGAACUUUUCAUGAUGUAAAUAUGAAGCAACAUAAAAUUACAAUGAUAGGUUGUAUCAAAUCUCCAACCCCCAGACACACACAUUAACAAAACUUCUUAAUUUGAUUUCCAGUUGUGUAAAUAUUCUGUGUGUAUAUUUCUUUAAAAUUGUUAGAAUUAAAGAUGUGUUUUGUUUCUAAUCAGGCUUCAGAUGUAAUUUAUGGCUUUGAAGUUAUUAAUCGAGAGUAUAUUGUUUUUGGUUUCAUAUUAUCCAUAUUUUGAUCUGUUUUUGAACAUUAUAUUUUCAUUUUAGCUGAGAUUCUUAAAGGGUUGUUGGAUGUUUUAAGCUUCUCAGCAAACUGAUAGAAAAAUAGAAAAUUAUUAAUCUGUUAGUGUUUAAGGGACAAAGGAGUUUUCUAUCUUAGCUUUGUAAACAUUUAGAAAUUGAACAGCGAUGCUCAAAAUAUCUUCUUGUGUGGAGUUACAUAAAUGAAUGUUAAAUGAAGUUGCACUGUUAUUUCAUUCUUUUUGUACUUUUCUUUGACUCUUCAAUAAAGUUCCAAAAUUCCAAAUUU